AUGGCUCCCCCGACGACUUCGAACAAGCGCGCGGCGUCGCCCCCUUCCGAUCCUUCCAAGACCAAGCGUGCUCGCGAAGAUCCGGCUGUGGAAUGCUGCUACCUGGCCGUGGUCAAAGACGAUGAGCGUCAGGUACUUGUGCGCAUCUCGUCGGCGGACUACGACACCGCGAUGAGGGAGAUCAGGCGUGUCUUCUGUGUCAAGCACGCUUCUCUCACUGGCAUCGAGCGCGACGUUCCUGGACGCGGAUGGACAGCAAUCGGGUCAACGGCCUGGAUGGCGCAGGCUGUCAAGCGCUAUGACGAGCUGUAUCCAGUCUACCGCAUGGUCAUCGGCGGUCGCGUUCCCAUUCAGAUCUUCGUCAAGACGCUCACGGGCAGAACGAUCACACUCGAGGUGCUUCCGGACGCGAGCUUGGAAUCCGUCAGGGACAUGAUCCGCGACGUCGAGGGAAUCUCGCCUUGCCAACAGCGUCUCAUCUUUGCCGGCAAGCAACUCGAGAACGGACACACGCUUGCUGACUACCAGAUUGCGAAGGACAGUACGUUGCACCUUCUCCUGCGCCUGACGGGCGGCAAGCCUGUCAUUUACCUCUUCCCGCCGACUCCACUCGACUCGGCGUCCGUCUCGCUCACCCUCACGCCCGAGUGGCACUUCUCCGCGCUCUACCCCGUCGUUCACCCGGUCGAGGGUGGAAAUGGCGAGACGAGGGCGAGCUGGACUGUCUCUGCUCAGCCCGACGGUUCCCUCGUCGACCUCGCCUCGGGCCUCGAGCUUAAGUACCUCUUCUGGGAGGCCGAGGCGUACAAGACGACGUCGAGUGCUCCCUCGCACCUCGUCUUCGACCCUUCGAACCCCUUGCUCGACGCCUCGAACGGCUGCGCGCUCCCCUUCGCCGCCUUCCUCGCCCACCUCGACCAGACGCUCGCCGCUCUCUCGCUCCACACCGCCGCGAGGAACGACUUCAUCACGUAUUGGCUCUCCCACUUCACCCGCAUCCGCGACGCCGGUCAGCACAUCGGCUUUCGCUUCCUCGCGCAGGACGACUACGAGCGCGCAACCCAUCUCGACGUCAACCCGAUGCCGGACGUCGUCACGCGUGUCUUCUUGCUCUUCACGGGCGUCGAUGCGGAUCAGACGAGCGAGUGGAAGAAGCCGGACGAGGUUGACUGGGUCAAGGAGGUCGGCGUCCAGGUCGACAAGGCCGAGGACAAGUCGCUCUUCCGCGUGCUCGAGUGGGGCGGCAUGGAGGUCGUGUAG